CGGAAAGCCACAGCGCGCAGACGCGACACGCCAGACUCGCGCCAGCGCGCCGUAAGUGCGCAGGCGCGCCGGCCGUCUCUUUGCUGCUCUUCCUUCUCCGGUCUCCAGACGUCAGCGGCCGUUGGGCCCUAUGUCGCGCCGGGCCCUCCGGAGGCUGCGGGGGGAACAGCGCGGCCAGGAGCCCCUCGGGCCGGGCGCCCUGCAGUUUGCCCUCCGUGAUGACGAUGAUGUGGAAGAAGAAGGCCCAAAGCGGGAGCCCGGUGGCCAGCGCCCCCGGGGCGCAGCGAAGGAGGGCGUCCGAGUUAACAACCGGUUCGAGCUGAUCAACAUCGAGGACCUCGAGGAGGGACCUGUGGUGAACGGGGAGAGGUCUGAUUGUCUGCUCACAGACGCUGUGGUGUCAAGGAACAAAAGGAGGUCCCCGAGUGGAAGCACAGAAACCAAGAGAGAUGGAGAAGCAGCUGACAGGGCAGCGCUCCCCGAGCAGUCUAAUAUAAGUGGCAAACUCCGAAAGAAGAAAAAGAAACAGAAAAGUAAGAAAAACGCUACGGGAGAAACUUCGGAGAAUGGGCUGGAAGAUAUCGACCGGAUCUUAGAGAGGAUUGAGGACAGCAGUGGUUUGAACCGCCCGGGCCCGCCUCCCCUGAGCUCGAAGAAGCACGUCCUGUAUGUGGAGCACAGACACUUGAAUCCAGACACAGAACUGAAAAGGUAUUUUGGUGCUCGAGCUGUCCUGGGGGAACAGAGGCCGCGGCAGAGACAACGUGUGUAUCCCAAGUGUACGUGGCUGACGACCCCUAAGAGCACCUGGCCCCGGUACAGCAAGCCAGGUCUGUCGAUGCGGCUGCUGGAGUCCAGGAAAGGCCUCUCCUCCUUUGCAUUUGAGCACAGCGAGGAGUACCAGCAGACACAGCACAAGUUCCUGGCUGCUGUGGAGUCCAUGGAGCCCAACAACAUCGUGGUUCUGCUCCAGACGAGCCCCUAUCAUGUCGACUCGCUCCUGCAGCUCAGUGACGCUUGCCGGUUUCAGGAGGACCAGGAGAUGGCUCGAGACCUUGUAGAGAGAGCACUAUACAGCAUGGAGUGCGCAUUCCACCCCUUGUUCAGCCUCACCAGUGGGACCUGCCGGCUGGACUACCGCAGACCCGAGAACAGGAGCUUCUACCUGGCCCUCUACAAGCAGAUGAGCUUCCUGGAGAAGCGCGGCUGCCCACGCACGGCACUGGAGUACUGCAAGCUCAUCCUGAGCCUUGAACCCGACGAGGACCCCCUGUGCAUGCUGCUGCUCAUUGACCACCUGGCCCUGCGGGCACGGAACUACGAGUACCUGAUCCGCCUCUUCCAGGAGUGGGAGGCUCAUCGGAACCUGUCCCAGCUCCCCAAUUUUGCCUUCUCGGUGCCAUUGGCGUAUUUCCUGCUGAGUCAGCAAGCGGACCUUCCUGAGCAGGAGCUCAGCUCUGCGAGGGAAAAGGCCUCUCUCCUGAUCCGACAGGCGCUCACCAUGUUCCCCGGAGUCCUCAUGUCCUUGCUCGAGUACUGCAGCGUGCGGCCUGACGCCGCUGUUGCCAAUCACCGCUUCUUUGGACCCGACGCUGAGAUAAGUCAGCCCCCUGCCCUGAGCCAGCUGGUGAGCCUGUACCUUGGGAGGUCACACUUCCUCUGGAAGGAGCCUGCCACCAUGAGCUGGCUGGAGGAGAACGUCCGCGAGGUUCUGCAAGCAGUGGAUGCUGGGGACCCCGCUGUGGAAGUGUGUGAGAGCAGGCGGAAGGUGCUCUACCAGCGCGCCCCCAGAAACAUCCACCGCCAUGUGGUCCUCUCUGAGAUCAAAGAAGCUGUUGCGGCCCUGCCUCCGCAAGGGCCACUCCAGCUGGAACCAGCUGAAAGGCGGCUCGAGGAGGGCAGAGGCUCAGCAGCAGCGCUCUGUUGCAUCUCCGCUCUGUGUCCCUUUCUGAAGGAUGUGACCACACAGUCUGUGAUGGGCUUUGACCCUCUGCCACCUUUGGACACCAUCUACUCCUACGUCAGACCAGAGAGGUACCUCUCCGCCCCCGCUUUGCUCCUUUGCUUGUACAGCUCUGAGGCUAAGUCCCGUCAGCCACGGAAACACAAUCGCUCUCUUCUUUAGGUCGUUAUUGCCAAAUUACACCAUGGAGGGAGAGAGGCCGGAAGAUGGAGGGGCUGGGGGUCUGAACCACAACCAAGGCUUGAACAGGCUGAUGCUGGCCGUGCGAGACAUGAUGGCCAACUUCCACUUCCACGACCUGGAGGCGCCGCACGAGGACAACCCCGAGGGAGACGGGGAGUGGGACUGAGGAGUGGGACUGGCCGGCGCCGCUGCCCCCAACGCUGUACAAUUAUGUUCCUGAUUUCUGUUCUGGUCCGAAUUGGCCAGUUCCCUGAAGUAGAAAUGCUGAUGUGUUGUCCACCUGCCUCUUCUUUUUCUCCUAUAAACAUGAUGGGUUACA